AUGAGCGUACUAUCUAAAAAAGACUUCGGUACCACUAUUGACGUGGAAAAAGUCGGUUCACUGGAUGUGAUAAAUAACACCACUAAUUUUGCUGAUUUUAAUGAUAAGAUAGAUACAGAUAAGUAUGGUGAGACGAAGAGAAAGUUGAGCCUGAGACAUGUUGCGUUGAUGAUCAUUGGUCAGAGUAUUGGAACUGGGUUGUUCAUUGGUCUUUCAAGUCCGUUAAUGACUUCUGGAAGUUUAUCAUUAUUUAUAGGGUUCUUAUUCUGGGCAUGUUUUGUGGUGUGGCCGUUGAUGCAAUGUGUUGCAGAAAUGUGCUCGUUUCUUCCUAUCAAGGGAAGUUUUUUGCAUUAUUCUGCCAGAUGGGUUGACCCUGCUAUGGGGUUUGCAUGUACUAUGAUCUACUUAUAUACAACAUUGAUGUUCGUCUGUGUGGAAGUUGUGGCAUUUGCUUCGGUGAUAGGAUUCUGGACCGAUGCUAACCCAGGGAUAUUUAUUGCUGUGGGAAUAUUAUCAAUUUUAUUUUUCAAUGUAUUUGGUGUUAACUGGUAUGGUGAGAUCGAGUUUGUGUCGUCAAUGUUGAAAGUUUUACUUAUUGUGGGGUUGAUGUUCUUCGGUUUGAUUGCCAUGUGUGGUGGUAAUCCUAAGAAGGAUGCUUUUGGAUUCCAACACUGGUCCGAGGGUGGUUUAUUCAAGUCAUACCUCGUAUCUGGCGCCACUGGCCAAUUUCUUGGUUGGUGGAAUGUUUUAAUCUACGCAGCAUUUGCUUGUGGGGGUCCAGAUAUCCUAGGAAUGAUUGCAGGUGAAGUGUCACAGCCUAGGAAAGUCAUUCCAAUGGCCGGCAGAAGAGCGUACAUCAGAAUAUACUUAUUCUACUUCGGUGGUAUCUUUUUCAUGAACUCUUUAUGCGCAUCAAAUGAUCCAGCUUUAGUGGCAGCAUCAGCAACUGGGAAAGUAGGAGCUGCCGCUUCUCCCUGGGUCAUUGGGGUUAAAAAUGUGGGUGUUACCGGAUUAGACUCUUUAGUGAAUGCAGUAAUCAUGUCUGCAGCCUGGUCUUGUGGUAAUGGUUUCUGCUAUGCUGCUACUAGAUGUGCAUAUAGUGCAUCUUUAGCCGGCUACUUACCUCGUUUCUUCUCAAAGUGUUUAAAAAAUGGUGCCCCUAUUUAUUGUGUCAUUGGUUCGUUAUUGAUUGCAUGUUUAUCGUUCUUGAGUAUUUCAAGCUCAACGGCACAAGUGUUCAACUGGUUUAUUAAUUUAGCUACUACAGGAUUAUUGUGCACCUACUUCGUAUUAUGGCUUUGCUACUUCAAGUUCCGUCGUGCCUUGGAUGCACAGGGGUUUGACUACAAGAAAGACACCUAUUAUCAACCACCAUUCUUCUGCCAGCCUUACAUGUCAUACUUCGGUUUUUUCUUGACAAUAUUAGUGUUGAUCUUCAACGGGUUCUGGAUUUUCUUCCCCGGCCAAUUUUCUGUUUCUAACUUAUUUACUUCCUACUUUGCUCCUGUAUUCUUCGUUGUCUUAUACUUUGCAUGGAAAUUCAUCAAGAAGACCCACAUCAGAACAGAUGCAGAAGCAGAUAUCACCACAGGAAAAGAGGCCAUAGAUCUCGAAGAAGAAGAAGAAAACGAAUGGAUAGCUUCACAACCUCAGAAGACUGGCUUUCUUUAUAGAGCGUAUGAUAAAUUUUCCGACAUUUGUUUUAAUUGA